AUGUCAGGUGGAGCUCUUUUUGGAAAUAAUGCCUCACGCGGAACCCCGAAGAAUUUGGUCGAAUUUAAAGCGGGGAAAAUGACGAUGAAGGGGAAGAUGGUUUAUCCAGAUAUUCGAAAGGGCCAGCUUUACGUUUACCAAUCCGACGAUUCAUUGAUGCAUUUCUGUUGGAAAGAUCGUGUAUCAGGAUAUGUCGAAGAUGAUUUGAUUAUCUUUCCUGAUGAUUGUGAAUUUAAACAUGUUCCUCAAUGUAAAACUGGAAGAGUAUAUUUGUUACGAUUCAAAUCAUCAAACAAAAAAUUUUUUGUUUGGCUUCAGGAUCUUAAAACAGAUAAAGAUGAAGAAUAUUGUAGAAAAAUUAAUGAAGUUCUUAAUAAUCCACCAACUCCUGGAUCACAAAGAAGUGGCAGCACUAAUCCAGAGGGGGAUCUUCAAAAUUUAUUAAACAAUAUGUCACAACAGCAACUAAUGCAAUUGUUUGGUGGUGUAGGCCAAAUUGGUUUAGGUAGUUUAUUGGGUACAAUGAAUAGACCCCAAGGUGUGCAAAGUACUAGAGCAUCUACAACAACUGCAUCAACUCGAGUUACUACAAAUACUUCAAGAUCUGCUACGCAAAUAGUCUCUUCAGCAGCAUCUACUAAUGAUUCUUCUAAAACUAAUAGUGAUAAUAAAUCAACGUCACGGACAUCGGGCACAUCAACACCUGGAUUAACAACAACAAUGACAACGACGACAACGACAACAACAACAAGUACAAAUAACAAAAUCCAACUUAGUGAUCUGCAAAACUUUUUAUCAGAAAUUCCAACAUCUACAGGAACAGAAUCUGUUGUUCAGGUAAUAUCUUUUAUUCACAUAUACAACUUUAUUUAAUAUAUUUUAUUUUUCCUAAGUUUACAGCUAAUAUGAUAUUGUUACUACAAAACUGCCUCAAAACAUUAACAUAAAUAACUUUACUUAAUAUUUAGAUUCUAACAACUAAUCUAACAAUCUAUAUAUACUUAGAAAUAAAAAUAUAAGUAGUCAUUCAUAUCUCAUCUAAUGUAUUGUAUAUUUUUUAUUUUUUGUCCUAUUUUUAUUAAAUUAUUAAACCAAGGCUAACAAUUAUUGAAUCAUUUCAAACUUUAAAAUAAUCUUAUAAGACAUAUAUAUAUAGGAUUAAGACAGGAGGCCACAAAUUAAUGAAUUUUUACAAUAUUAUUAUUUUAUAAUAUUAUUAUUAACUUUUUCACUUAUAUAUGUAUUUUUUCUACUCAGUUAUAUAUUUAUAAUGAUUAAAUUUAUUUAUCUUACUUAUAUUUUAAAUAUUCAAGCUAUCUUUAAUUGUCUACUUUGGAAAAACAUAAUCAUCAAUUUAUUUGAAAUACCAUUUUUAUAUUCAGUAUGUUUAUUAAUAUAUAAUAUAGUAUUUAUUUUAUUCAUUUUAUAUGCAUUAAAAUUUAAUUUUUUAUAAUCAAAAUAUUAUGAAGAGGUAUUUAUAAAAUAAUCUUGUUUUUCUAAAUGUUCUUUUUUAAUUAAAUUGUUAAUUAAUUAAAAUAUAAAAAUUGAGCUAAGAUUUUAAUACCUGUUCUUUAUUCUGUACAAGAGUGUGAAUAUUUUCUUAAUUCUUAUUUUAAGAAUUAAGAAAAUUAUUUUUGCAUUGUUACUAUAAAUGCAUUGUCGAUAUUGGAUAAUAUAGCUAUAUAAUUUGCAUAAAUUCCAUUCUGUUUCUGUCUAUAUAAGUUUUUUAUACUCAUUAUUUUAACAAAAAUUAAAAUACUAUAGUCCCAAUUGUAACAAAUAGGAAAAAGUGAGAAAUAUAAAAAAUAAUAAAAUAAAAGGAAAAAUAAUAUAAACACUAUAUAAAAUAAUAUUUAUUUAUGUUUCAUUUGAAAAAAUGCUAAUAAUGAACAUACUUUAAUAAGAUAUUUAGUAAAACCAAAUAAAUAAAAUAUUUAUUUUCAGUUUUAA